AUGAGUAGAUUAGUUAAUAUAGGAUAAAACUCAUUGAUUCCUAUUAAAGCUACAGGAAAAUUGGGAGAUGAAUUUUUUGAUAAACCAUAGUAUGAACCAACAUCAAUGGCCUUACUUAAAAAGAAAGAAAGACACUAAGAAUUAAUAGAUAAAGGAUAUUUAAUUAAGGAUAAAUUGGUUGAAGAUGUUCCUGAUGAUAUACCUUUUUAUGAGAUUUUCGAUCCACCUAACGAAAAUUAUAGAAAAAUCUUUUAUCCUCAAGAUUUAAAAUCUUAAGUAGCUUAUUAUUAUCAUUCUACAAAUUUUGAUAAUAAUGAACAAUUUUUAGUUGAUUAAGAGGAUAUAGAACAAGCAGAAUUAGCAAUUAGGUUGUAGGAGGAAGCAAAUAGAAAGAAAGAUUCAAAACUCUAAAGAUUAAAUCAAUAAUUUAAAAAAUAGAAAGAAUUAGAAGCAGAAAUUGAAAAAAGAUAGAGAUAAAACGAAGCUAUUGAAAAUGUAAAAAGGGAAAGAAUUUUAAGUAAACAACCUGUGUCUUCACCUUCAAAAAAUCAAUCUUAAAAGGCUAGCCCACAUUUGCCAUUUAAAAAUUACGGUUUGGCAAUAGUUGGUCCAAAGGGCAAGGUGUCAAUGCAAAAAGAUAUUAAAAAUAAUAAGGCGAAUUCAAAAUAGUUGUAAAAAACAGAUGAAGAUAAUGAUAAUUCUAAGAAAAAAACUGUAACGUUUGCAGAAGAAGAUGAUGUGUAAUACAUACCUAAAAAUUGGAAAUCAUAAUCUGAAGAAUUUAGGGAGAUGAUAAAGUAAAAUAAAAAAAGCAAGAAAUUGAAAUGA